AUGCCUACGCAGAUGGUUUAUCUCGAGUAUGUUACACAAGUACCAAUGUCGUUAAGGCUGUACGUCAGUCCGCCGGUACUGAUUACCCCUGUCCGGAAAGGUGGGUUUGAAAACAUUUUGGUCAUUACUGAUCAUUUCACUAGGUAUGCUCAGGCAGUGCCGUGCCUAAGUCAGAAGGCACAUGUGACAGCUAAGGCGCUAUAUGAAAAUUUCAUCGCCUUCUACAGCUUUCCUGUGCGUUUACAUAGUGAUCAGGGACGUAUCUUUGAAAGCAAAAUAAUCAAAGAGCUCCGCAAGCUUGCAGUAGUCUCUAAGUUCCGAACCACACCAUACCAUCCAAUGGGAAACGGCCAAGUUGAAAGGUUCAACAGAAUUUUGUUGUCAAUGCUCGGUACCUUAGAGCAUGGCCAGAAAGCUGACUGGAAAUCUUACGUAGUGCCUCUGGUGCAGGCCUACAAUGCCACAAAGAAUGACUCCACCGGAUAUUCACCCCACUUCUUAAUGUUUGGGUGGCACCCACGCCUGCAGAUGACGCAUUCUUUGGUAUAG